AUGGCGCGCGAGGCGACGAUAUCAGAGCUGACGGAACUGGACAGCGACGGGUCGAGUUGCGGCGAGCGCGGCGAUGCCAGGAAACGUCUCCGGUUCGACGGGGAUUCGACGGGGCCGAAGAAACGCCGGAAACAAACGACGCCCGUGAGGUUCCCCGUGGUGCCAAGGGCCGACAUGCUGCUGCACGACGAGUCGAACGAGGACGAGGAUGAAGACGAGAACAGCGAAGGUAAGCUGUCGACGCAGUCGCCCUUGCCGCGACGGUCGUUGUUGCGCGGCGACGAGAACCUGAAUAACGAGUUCCGUUGCCAGUAUUGUAGUCAGUUAUUCGACGAUAAGGAAUCGUUGCACGCGCAUCUCGAUAACGAGCACGGUACCGCGACGCAGCUGGCCGAUCGGAACCGAUCCGACGGCUCGCCGAGCGCCGCGAUCAAGAUGGAGCCGCCGUCCCAGCAACCGGACCAACACGAGAACUCCGUGAAUCUGCUCAGCGUAAAGAGCUUCGCGGCGAACUGGCUAGGCGCUGGCCCGCACAUGCAGAUGCAGAUGCAAAUGCAGACGCAGAACGAGGAACUGUGGUCGUCGCCGGUCACCGCGAACCAGAUACCCGCGUUACCGAACCACUUGCAAGCGUUGUCCGGGUUCUCCGGCACGCUGACGCAAUACCUGCCCAUGCCCGCGUUCCCGCUAACCGAUUCCAGCCACAUGACGAAACCGUCGAUGGGACAGACGCCGGUCAGGAUCUUCAAUCCGGACGCGUACUGCGACCUAUGCAACAAGGAGUUCUGCAACAAGUAUUUUCUCAAGACGCACAAGGCGAACAAGCACGGGAUCUACGUCGACUCUCCCGGCCCUAGCACCGCGGAGGGCAACGUCGUAGGGACACUGUACCCGAGCAACAUGACGAACAGCAUGGUCAAGCUGGAAGCGCCGGCGACGCCUCCGGCGCUGAGCGUCGCCUGCGAUCUGUGCCAGAAACGGUUCAAGAACGAGGAGACCAUGCGCAAGCACAGGCAGAAGAUGCACACCGAGCUGCCGGAUCAGUCGCAGGAGGCUCAGUUCGGCUUUCCGCAGAACGAGGAGGACGGGGUGACUCCGAGGGACAGCCCCAGCGGCGUGGAAGCGCUUUUCAAGCAAGAAUUCGGCGUGGAACAGGAGGACGCGUCGUUUGUUCCUGCGCCCAGACAUCUAUCGCCCCAGUCGAUCCAGCAGGCAAGGGACGCGGGGUUCAACGCGGAUCGGCUGCGACGCUUGGGGGUGAUCAAUCCGGAGGCGUUCUGCGAGAUCUGCUGCAAGGAGUACUGCAACAAGUACUUCCUCAGGACGCACAAGAUGAAGAGACACGGCAUCGUGAUGCAGGAGAACGAGAAGUCGCCCGGCAACCCGGGCGCGAUCGCUACCUGGCACCAAGUGCAGACCAGCCCCCUGAAUCUGAUCAUGGCGGAGAGCGCGGAGUCGAACGAACGGUCAACCGACGAAUACGAGUGCAAGAUCUGCGAGAUACGGUUUCAAACAGCCGGUCUGUACCAGGCGCACUGCCGGAAGAUGCACGAGAGCGAGGAACAACGGUCGCCGAAGCAGGAGAGCGACGCGGAACAGACGGAUCAACGGAACGACACCAUCUCCGAGGAUCUGCAGAAGCUGCAGACCAUGCUGCUGCAAUUGAACGGACUGAAGUCGGGCAAGGGAGUCUCCUGCGGCGUGUGCGGCAAAGAAUGCGAGAACAGAGCGACGUUGCACAUCCAUAAAGUAACGGAGCACGGCGCGAUAGAGGAACCCACAUCCCCGCCGCAGGACAAGUCGCCAACGACCGCAGUUUCAGGUUUCUGCUCUCUUUGCGGUAAGGACUACCCCAACCAGGACGCUCUUCGCAGACACAUCGCGGAAGAUCACCAGCCACCCAUUACCAGCUCCGUGCCUCACACGCCCACAACCACUUCCACCGUCACCAACUCGACGCCGACCAGCCAGACGCCCACGGAGAAGAAGGCGAUCCCCAUGACGCCUACGUCGAGCUACUGCGAGAUUUGCAACAAGGAGCUGUGCAAUAAGUACUUCAUGAAGACACACAUGCAACGAAUGCACGGGAUCGAGAUCGAGAACGGCGCGCAGAUCGGCGGUGUGAUCUGCAACAUCUGCAACAAGGAGCUUUGCAGCAAGUAUUUCCUGCGCGUGCACAAGCACAACACGCACGGCAUCGUGGACGAGAACGCGGCCAGCUCGACGAAACAGGAGGCUCACGGAGGCGCGGUGAGCACCGAGGAUGUCGCCCUCAAGCCGGAGCACAUCGGCGACCUGAGUCACAGAUACUUCACUCAUUUCACCGAGGUCUGUCCGAUUUGCAACAGAAGGUUCCGUAGUAUAAAAUGGCUGAAGGCGCACUUGAUGAGCGAUCACGGGAAAACGGGCGUCGACAAGUGGCGCGAGAUGGAGCAACAGUAUCAAACGACUUCUAGACCGGGCAACAGACCGCCGAACGCCCCGAAGAACGCGCAGGGAUCGAACUUGAAGAUACCGAACGGAUUCGAUGUACCGCAACAAAUCAAGUCCGUCGAAUACGCCGGCCUCGGUAAUCAGGUGUUGUCGAAUCUACUGGGAUCAUCCUCGGACGGCGACCAGCAGCUGAAGAGCUACCGUUGCUCGUACUGCAAUUUCACGACGACCGUGCUGCCCUUCCUGUUCCUUCACGAGAGAUCGCACGUCAACUCCCACGAGAGUGCCGAGAGCGAAAAGUCGCUGCAGUGCCCGAUUUGCUCGCAAUGCUUUCAUCAGUCGGAGAUGUUGCAUCAACAUCUACUCACUGCUCACCAGUUCCCCGCGCUGUUGACCCACCUUCAGUCCCCGCUUCGCAAUAACUUCGGACUGGACGCGGAGAGGAUGGCCGAGGCCAAGGAGAAAUACGACCCGGAAACGAAGGAGGAUCGCACGGGGAACAGUCCGCGAGUCAGUGCCAAUCAAACGAUCCCCGAGACGGUCAGAAACCAACGACAAGAGGACACAGCGGUCCAGGUGACUCCUCAGGGUGUGUACAAGUGCGCGCAAUGCGGGUACGCGACCACCAAUCUGAAUCGGAUCAAGAAACACGUCCGGAAGGAUCACAAGGCGAUCGGCGAUCCCACGGAUAGCGUGUUGGCCGAGCUGAGCAAGACAUUGAAGGACGUCGCGAAUAGGCACAAGAUGCCGGCCUGCUACGCGAUGCCGCAGGACAUGAACUCGAAUCCCGACAAAACGAUCAUGCAGCCGUUCCUAAUCGAGGAACAGGAGAUUAUGCAAGCCGGCGAGGAGUCGUCCACCUCGGAGAAACGUUUCGCGCCGUCCUUGGUCUAUUUGCCGGUGAAAUCGCGGAUCAGCAACGCGGUGACCGCCUCGUUCACCCUGAGCCCCGCUUGA